UCCUUUGCGGAUUGCCUCUCGAGGUGGCUAGUUGCGGUUUUGAUGCUCUUGGUCAUACUUUUACCAGCUCAAGCGGGAAAGUGCCCAAAGUUCUGCAUCUGCGACAACUCCAAACUCACCAUGGCCUGUAUCGGCAAGAAUCUGACUCAGGUUCCCCCCACGAUAGAUGAGAUUACAGAGAAACUGGACCUGAGUAAAAACGAUAUCCAGGUUCUGCCUACCCAUGCGUUCCUGCACAUCCCGCACCUCACGCACCUCACCCUGCAGCGGUGUAACAUCAGAGCGGUGCGUGAGGGGGCCUUCCGCACCCUGGGCCGUCUCGUCUCCCUCAACCUGGCCAACAACAACAUCGAGAUCCUUUACCAGGAGUCUUUUGAUGGCCUGUCAUCCCUAAAGCAGCUGACGUUGGACCAUAACCGUGUUGAGGAGAUCCAGCCAGGGGCCUUCACUCAGCUGGGCUUCCUCAACAUGCUGUCCCUCACACAUAACCAGCUGGUCUACAUCCCCAACAUGGCCUUCCGGGGCCUGCACAACAUCAAGUGGCUGCGUCUCAGUCGCAACUCCCUCAACAACCUGGCCAUGGAGGCCUUCGCUGGCCUCUUCACCCUCACACGCCUCAGCCUCAACCACAAUGAGCUGCAGUUCUUCCCCACACAGACUAUGACCCGACUGGCUCAAGUCACUCGCCUGGACCUGAGCUACAACCCCAUGACCUACCUGGGUGAGGAUACUGUCUCCAUGCCGAAGCUCACCCACCUCUACCUGGACCACAUGUCCCUACAGGACCUCUCAGACACAGCCAUGUCCCGGGCCCCCCUCCUCUCCCACCUGGACCUCAGCCACAACCAGCUGCGCUACCUGGAGCCCCUCUCUGGCCCCAUGGAGCUAGCCCGCCUCAACCUAACAGGAAACCCCAUCCACUGUAACUGCUACCUGAGGCCCCUGAAGGAGUGGGCCAAGAAAGGGAAGGUGAAGUUGAUGGGGGUCUGCGCGGGUCCCCCUCACCUCUCUGACGAGCCCCUGGAGGGAGUGGGACCUAUGGAGCUGCGGUGCCGGAGCAGGGAGGACAUGAUAAAGGAGGAGUUUGAAGAGCAGGAGGAGACCAGGGAGCGUGCACUGCCCACAGCCAAGCCUAAGAAGAUCAAGUGUCCUGAUAACUGUGACUGUGAUGUGAAGGCUCAGCACGCCACAUGUGAGAACCGUGGUCACACCAAAGUCCCCUACGGCUUCCCCUCUAAUUCCCAGCUCCUGGACCUGCGCAGCAACCACUUCCAUUAUGUCCCUAGCAACAGUUUCCCCGGUACAGACCAGGUGGUCUCUCUGCAUCUGGAGCACUGCAAGGUCCGUGAGAUCGAAGGCGGUGCCUUCCGGGGCAUGAAGGCCCUGGUCUACCUCUACCUGUCUGACAAUGAUCUCACCUCCCUGGGCUCAGAGACUUUCAUUGGGGCCCCUGAGCUCACCUACCUCCACCUGGAAGGGAACCAGCUGGCCAUGUUCCCUGGGGCUGCCCUUGCCCCCCUGCCCAGCCUACUUGUGCUCCACCUGGAGCGGAACACUAUCGGUAAGCUGGAGCGGACAGGCCAGCUCUCCUCAGUCCCCAAGUUGAGAGGACUCUACCUGACCAAUAACACCAUAUCUACUAUAGCCCCCGGCGCUCUCAACUCCGCCCACCUAGAUACCCUUCAUCUGGGGUCUAAUCAGCUUGCUGAGGUGCCUACCGACGGGCUGUCCAAGGCCUCCAGUCUGACCGAGCUCUGCCUCUCUGGAAAUUCCAUUCGUUGGGUCGGACCAAAGGCGUUCCUUCCUGUGUCCAAGAGCCUAAGGCAGCUGUAUAUGGAUGACAUGGGUCUGGAGAAGAUGUCCAGAGACUCCCUGGUGGGGCUGGGCUCUGGGCUGACUACUCUGUCUCUGAGGGGGAACCAGCUGGAGGAGCUGCCUGACCUGAGCCCACUCACUGGGCUGGAGGUCAUCAACCUGGCCCACAACCCCCUGCUAUGUGAUUGCACCCUGCUGCCACUCCGCAGGUGGAUGGAGAAUGUGAGUCUGAAGAUGACAGCCACCUGUGGUCACCCUCCUGAGUUCCGGGGCCAAAGUGUGAGGGAUGUCCAUGUCUUUAAGAGCUGUCCAGGGGAGAGUGCUUCUCCUGGCAAGACCCUCAAAGGAUUCAAGGACACAAAAUCAAUAAAUCCCAAACCCACUCUCCUCAAGGUGACCAUGGCAAAAGCCAAGCCAGGAAAGGCUAAACCCAUGCCAACCAAGUCCAAAGCCAAGCCUCUGAAGAACCCUAAGGCACCAGCAUCCCAAAAAACAAGAAGACUUAUAAAAAAGCUCAUCGACUGCCACCAGGUGCCAGAACAGGCCUAUGGUGUAAGGGUUAGCACUCUGGACUCCAGCAUUCUGAAUCCAGCGAUCUGA